GUUCCAGUGGAUGGGAAGCUAUCCUGGAACAUUGUAAGCCAUCAGUCUCCCCUUUAUUGUUUUUUUUUUCCUCUUUUCAGACGCUCACUGGGAAGGAGAUUGAAAUCGAUAUUGAGCCCACUGACAAGGUGGAGCGAAUAAAAGAGCGGGUGGAGGAGAAGGAGGGCAUCCCCCCUCAACAGCAGCGCCUCAUCUAUAGCGGAAAGCAGAUGAAUGAUGAGAAAACGGCAGCGGACUACAAGAUUCAGGGAGGAUCUGUGCUCCACCUGGUGCUGGCUCUGAGGGGUGGGAGCCGGUGAUGCAAGACGCGGAUUGC